GUCCAGCGACUCUACUUGUGUAACCUCACACCAACAGCGAGCCGAGCAUAUGUCGAUCCGUCAUACCCGGGACUUGCGAUUGUUUGCGACAUCGCCCGUGCUAUCUCCAAGGCGGCUGGGACUGCGGGGUGCGGGUGUGGAGAGUGGGUUGCCCCGCUACCGCUGGAAAGUUUAGUGGAGUUCGCUGAAGGAAGACCGAGGAUAUACCUUGCAUGCUGUAUCUCGCUGCUCGGUGGACCUAGGCUCAACACGAAACAGCAUGGUCAAUUUGACAUGGGCUCGCUAACGCUUUGUCGCAGUGGUAACUCGGACGUCUUCCAAUACAAACCGGAGUGUCUUGGUACACUUACCAGUGUUGAUGAUGCCUGACUUUACAGACAACCUCAAGCCAGCUUCCCCAACUGGGCCAGACAUUCUGAACAAAGAGCGAAGCCAGUCGGAUGUACCUGUUGACCAACUAGCACAACAUCUAUUCCGCGAUGGCUUCAUGGAACGGCAAAAGCGUAUACUACGAGUGCUGGAGAAGGACGUGCUCUUUGUCAAGGUCAAACAACUGAAUCUGUCUCGACCCGAGCGUUACCAGCUGGGACUCGCGCGAGCGAAGAAGCUCCGACGCUAUGCUGACCAGUACAAUUGGAACAAUGACGAACGCAGUAUGUCACAGUACCUCUGCGACGAUGUCAGCCCGUUCAUGGUGCAUGACUCGAUGUUCAUCACCACGGUACGGGAGCAGGGAGAUGAGCAGCAGAGAAAGUACUGGUUGCCGAAGAUCGAGGCUUCCGAGGCUAUAGGAUGCUACGCUCAGACUGAGCUUGGUCACGGUAGCAACGUGCGAGGAAUUGAGUGCCAGGCUCGGUUCGAUCCGAAGACUAAACAGUUCGUGCUCCAUAGUCCAACGUUAACCAGCAGCAAGUGGUGGAACGGCAGUAUGGGUCGGACUGCCAACCACGCCAUUGUUGUAGCGCAGUUGCUUGUACCCAAGGCAAGAGACACGACCGAAUACAAUAGUCUUGGCCCACACGCAUUCAUCGUGCAGAUCCGAGAUCUCAAGACUCAUAAGGAGCUCCCAGGUAUUGCUGUGGGCGAUAUCAAUGUGAAAUACGGUUACGCUCCGAUGGACAACGGCUAUAUGCUGUUCGACAACUACCGCAUACCGCACUCCGCCAUGCUGUCCAAUUACUCAAGAGUCGAUCCGAAUACUUGCACAUACAGCAAGCCGGCCAACCCUGCAGUCGUGUAUGGCAGUCUUACUGCGGUUCGAGCAGCCAUCAUUAUGCACGCACGCUUGAUCAUGGCACGUGCAGUGACCAUCGCUGUUCGCUAUACCUGCGUAAGAAGGCAGUUCCAGGAUAGGGACAGCAACGACCCGCGAGCGCCAGAGCUCUCAGUUCUGGACUAUCCGACGGUACAAAUCCGCAUACUACCAUUGCUUGCUACCGCAUUCGCUCUGCACUACACUGGUGCGGCAAUGCAGGCAUUAUACCAGACUACCCGAGCCCAAAUCGACAAAGGCGACUUCGGCAAGCUCGCAGUCUUGCAUGCACAGUCAUCCGGGUUGAAAAGCUUGUGCACGGAGCUUGCGGCUAACAGUAUAGAGACCUGUCGCAGGGCCAUGGGCGGGCACGGCUUUGGCGGAGGCUCUGGGUUCAUCCAGUUGAAUCACGAUUAUCUGUCCAAGCCAACAGUAGAGGGAGACAACUGGAUGAUUACCCAACAGACGGCGAGCUACCUCAUCAAACGCAUGGCGGCAGCUGUUGCCAAUAAAGGCAAGCCGCAGGACGAGAUUGAGCAGGCGUGCAGACACUGGCUUCAGCACGAACAGAAGACCGCACCUUUGCCAGUUUUCGAGGAUGACAUGAUGAUCGUGAAAGCGUUCCACAAGCGAUCAAGGUAUCUCACGUACCAAGCGUACGUCGAGAGAGAAGUCAACAAGCGCAGUUGGAACAGCUUGCUUAUACAGCUGAGGAAAGUCAGUCAUGCGGAGUCACAAUCAAUACUUGUUACCAACUUCCACAACGCGCUGCACGACAACAACUCCGGGAUCUCAGAGAAUUUGAAAGCGCAUCUCCAGACGUUAUUCCAGCUCUUCGCAAUGUACACAAUGGACUCAGAUGCGCGCGACUUCCACAAGGCCGGCGCUGUCUCCGACGCUGAUCUAGACGAGCUGCCAGCGCGGAUACAGGAGCUGAUGGCACAGAUCAGGCCGCACGCUGUCCUGCUUGUGGACUCGUGGAAGAUUCCAGAUUUUCUGCUGGAUUCUGCGCUGGGCAGGUACGACGGAAAGGUGUACGAAGACCUGUUCAAUCGGGCGCACAGGCUCAAUCCCUUGAAUGAGCUGACAUUCAAUCCGUAUUAUAAGAGCGAUGAGAUAGUGAUGGGGAGGGGGGACGAUGAGCUGAAGAAGAUCAUGGCGAAGCUCUAGGUUCAGUGGGUUUGUUUUGUGUUCACGGAAAGCCCGCAGCUUCAGAUCUUUG